AUGGCUGUCCUGGCUUCCUUUGUCUGGGUACUGGUUGGCUGCAUUUCUGCUGCUGUAGCAGAGGAUUCUAAUAUCUCAGAUCUAUAUCCUCCUUUCUGGGAAGAGAGCCCUGAAGAGUUAAGUGAUUACAGGUUGGAGGAUGGAAAGUACAUCAUUAACCCAUGGGUAUUCACUGAUAGAAUGGGGUUGUAUAGAAUCUUACUGAAUCAGACGGCUCCAUAUUUUGCAAGCUAUGGUCCAGAAAACGAACAGAAUCUUUUCUGGGGAUUGCCUCUGCAGUUUGGAUGGCAGUAUAGAUCAGGUAGACUAGCUGAUCCCACUGGCAAGACAGACUGUGGCUAUGAACCUGGAAACCCUCUGUGUGUGUCUGUUGACAGUUGGUGGGCUGAUGCAAAUUAUUUUUUGAGUGUGAUACCUUUUCUUGCUGCUGUUGAUUCUGGCGUACUGGGGAUAACAUCAGACCAAUUUACCAUUUUACCACCAUCCCAGGAUCAGUCGAGGUUUUGUUACAGUGUUUCUGACUGCAAAGAGCUCGUUGGGGAAACAAUGGACUCAUGGAUCACCUUUUUUGAGUACAUGAAGUUGCCUUCUAGCGACUUUGAGGGUCUUUUGAAGAACUUAUGGGCUGCUCAUACCUCCUCCUUGGGGUAUCCUCUCAGUAUCUUUGAAGACAGAUAUGCCUAUUAUUCUGAUCAAGAAUCAAAAUUUGAGAAAAACUGGGCUAUUGCUGUAGAAUAUUUAGCUGCGGCCUACUAUCCUUCAACCCUGAUCAGAACGCAUGGCUUUCAGAAGGGCCUGCCACCACGUAUUCUUCUUGAUACUGACAUAGCCCCUUUUAUUGCUGACUUCACUACUGCUCAGAACACAGUCCUGCUGUCACUCACAGUUCUUGGUGAUACUGAUCAACUUACAGGAUCAUUCUCUUUGACUGCCUGGAAAAUUCUCAUGAGUUCAAAAUUUGCAAGGAAAGAAUUUCUAAAAGUUCUUGAAAAGUUGCUGUGA